AUGGAGUACUUUGAUUUUGAAGGUGCUUCUUCAGCUCAUGAAUCGAAUCACCCAAGUGACGAUGUUGCUUCGGUUGACCUCGAAUUUGAAGAGGCCGAUGAGCGGAACGCCAACUUCAACUCUCUACUCCACGAUCAGCCUCUAGAGUUCGCCAAUGACCCGCCCAUCCCGGGGACGGCCGAACAAGUGCCAGUGCCCGUCGGCCCCGACCAGGACACCGGAGUCUACCCCAUGUUCCGCGCUGAGCAGCCUUGUGAUUUUUGUCGACGAAUGGGUCUCGACUGCUUUGUUGCCAAACGAGGUGUUAUGCACCAAAACGGUUGCACCUGUUGCAUCUCUCUCUGGCGUGAAUGCAGUUUCACCCACGUCGAAGUUCCUGGCAAGUUUCUUCAAACAUUACAACCAGUGCCAGAGACCGUUUAUAUUCAAAACGGCGGCUUGACUGGUAAAAAAGCACUCAAAUCUGUGUCAUAUGGUGGCUUCAGGGACGAUUCAGACUCGCGAUCCCGAAAGAACAGUUCAAGUUCUCGAUUUUCCCGCAAGGCCAUCAACAUCCUCAAAGGCUGGCUCCGCGACCACAACGAGAAUCCCUAUCCCACAGAAACCGAAAAAGACGAAUUGAAAGAAGACACUGGAUUGAACAGAACACAAAUUUCCAAUUGGCUGGCCAAUGCUCGACGACGCGGAAAAGUUCGACCUGCUAGUGGCACGGAAUCUCCUGUUCCAGGCGCCGUCAACAUCCCCGGUCAAGAUCUGAUGGACAUCUCGCUCAUGACUCCCAUUGAACGUUGGAAACACUCACCUCCUGAGAACGAACCCGCUACUAUAAGUGAUAUUGCCCGUGCUUUGGAAAAUCCACCAUUUGAUCCUUCUCGUCAACGCCUGGCCCAGUCUGGUCACGUGCGGGCCCGUCGCCCUGGAUCUACCAAUGAGUCAAGCCACGCAAGCUCAGACCAUAAAAGAUAUACCGCCUCGGGGAGUAGUCUGGAUACUAGUCACUCAUCCCUGUCUGAUCUUUCUUUUGCUUCUGCAUUCUCACAUCGAUCCUCUCUUGGGUCUUUUGGCUCAAUGGAUCGCAAAGAACGUCGUCGGCGCCGCAAGGCCUCGGUGCCUGUUAAUACUUUCAACCACCAAAAGGCUCGAGCUGUCCGUCCAUUCCAAUGCACCUUCUGCACUGACUCCUUUGCUGCCAAGUAUGAUUGGCAGCGUCACGAGAAAUCCAUGCAUCUGAUCUUAGAUAAAUGGACAUGUUCUCCCCAUGGAGGCGUCACCGAGGAAAACGGGACGCUUCGAUGUGUCUUUUGUUUUGCCAUCAAUCCUGAUCGAGAUCAUCUGGAAACUCACAACUAUCUCAGUUGUCAGGAGAAGUCAAUCCAAGAGAGAACCUUCUAUCGGAAGGACCACCUCAACCAACAUCUUCGCCUCAUGCACAAUGCCAAAUUCCAACCCUGCAUGGAGAUCUGGCAAAGCAGUAUCACUAAUAUCAAAUCCCGCUGUGGCUUCUGCGCAUCUACAUUACACACGUGGAAGGAUCGUGUGGAUCACCUGGCUGGUCACUUCAAAAAUGGGGCCAACAUGUCUCAGUGGAAUGGCGACUGGGGAUUUGAACCUUACAUUCUCGAGCGCGUUGAAAAUGCCAUUCCACCAUAUAUGAUCGAUUACGAGUGGAAUUCACCAAAUCCAUGGACUACCGUACAGGCCCAAGGAGAUGAGAACACUCCUCGAUUGAAUGUACCUCACGAUGCCAAUUGCUACGACCGCCUAUCUCACGAACUUACUGCAUACAUCCACAACCAAACUGCACAAGGAAUUGUGCCUACAGAUCAGAUGAUACAAGCCCAGGCUCGUCGAGUGAUUUAUGAUUGCGAUGACCCUUGGAAUCAAACCUGUGCCGAUAAUUCUGUCUGGCUAGGCAUCUUGAAGCGUGAUACGGGACUCAACUCUGCCGUGAACAAUGAAGCUAUUCAAUACUCUGACCUGGGCUUGCAGCCCCCGUUUGCCGUUCAUGGAGGUCUGCGCAACCCUCCACAAGAAGCCAACGUCCUAGCAAGGGCCAUCUACCCUGGUGCUCUUCCAAGCCCUGCAGUCUCCAGCCCCGGGAUCCAGAGUCCGACGUAUCCGGGAACCGGUUUCUCAUCGGCGGGUCCAAGCGGUCCGGGGAGUCUUUCAGGGAGCUAUGUCGGAAGUGCAGGAAUGAUAUCAGCUGGUGUACCGGCAUUUUCCUCUGAUUGGGGCAGUAGCCUCCCCGGCAACGCUUCGGCCUCCUCCGCUCCUGCAGAGAGGUCUGCUGAUCCUUUGGUGCAGAUGGGGUUCGAUCCAGAGUUCCUGCAACGAUUGAAUGAUAGCUACAGUGAACUGACGCCACAUGAGAUGGAAGGUUUGCCUUUGGAUGAGACUGCAGGCUAUGCAGUCAAUGGGAAACAGAAAUGGGUAGAUCCAGCAUCACAGCCUCAUCCAGUAUUGGGUCUGCCGACACCAAAUGCCAUUAAUCUCAUUCAUUCGAAAGAGGGCGGUCCUCCUGCAUCAGGUGAUAUCCAGCAAGGCAUGCCUGCAUAUCACGACGGUUCUGGGCUUUGA